AUGAGGAAUAUUAUCAAGGAGCUUCGCAUUACCAUUACUGACAACGACAUUGUCAAAGUGCUUAAGCUGUUUAUCGAUCGCGGUUGGAAUAUCAAUACCGACGUCGAUACACUCACGCCAUACACCUUCGACGAUAUAACCCUUCUUCGAUGGUUCCUGGACAAUGAUGCCGAUCCGAACAAACGAUGUCAAAUCCGGGACUGUACUCCAUUAUCCUAUGCUGUCGCACAGGCGCCAUUUGAGGCGAUUGAUAUGCUCUUCACGUAUGGGGGCUCGGUUGAUCAAGGUCAACUGUUGCAUUACACUGCAAUGCGCGGCCUUCCAGACAGUGUGGAAGUCCUGGAAUAUAUCUACAACAAGGACUCGGACACUCAGGGGACGAAAAUCAACAAAUUGUUGGACCAAGAUACACCGGAGGCGUUUGCGAUGAACUAUAGGGUGGGACUCGGAACCCCGCUUCACUACGCCGCGCUCGCUGGAUCGUUGGGGUCGGUUAGAUACCUGUUGGAGAAAGGAGGGGACCCUUGGGUCUUAGAUCCUUAUCGUCGAACAGCACUAGGGUUGGCAAUAUACGCUAACCACGAGCACGUGGCACAGUUCUUGACGACUUGGAGUCAUACGGCCACACUGCAGCAGAAGAGGACAGGGAAUGUCGGCGUGGUAGUCUAA